CCGCCCACCCGGAAGUGACGGAGUUUCUACAUGGCGUUGGCGUUUGGAAACCCCGGCGUCAUCCGGGAUUCCCCGGCACAAGACGCAGCGACUGCUUUUAGAUCUUGAGACAUUUUUUCUUUCGGUCCAGCGGGGGUGUGACGGUGGGUUCCUUAAAACGGCGGCUACCCCGAGUUUCCCUCGGCGUUUCCUGGUUGUCGGUCAUCAGAGUGAGUCGGACGCAAAAUCGGGAACUGUGAUUCAGGGGAAGAGUAAAGUGGAAGAACACAGCAACGGUAACAAUAAACAGGAAUCAACCGACGAAGAAAAUAAGGUAACAUGUCGAACAACAACAAUCACGACCUCAAUAGGAACGACCGGAAACGGCUCCGGAAGUUCCUGUUGGAGCACCUAGAACGGAAUGACGUCCAAGGGCUGACGUGGGUCGACAGGUCACAGGGCAUCUUCCGGAUUGGUUGGCGCCAUGCGGGACGGGACGGCUACGACCCGGAAGUAGAUGGGAUGAUCUUCCGGCUCUGGGCGGAGCUGACAGGAAAACACAAACCCGGCCAACGGGAGGACCCAACCGCCUGGAAAACGAGGCUACGAAACGCACUGCGAAGAUUACCGGACUUUGCCGAGCAGUCCCUCCUCAGCAAGCCCGAUGAUCCUCAUGACCCCUACCGAGUCUACAAGUUCGUCCCUACACCCACCCUACCUCCUCAGCAACCUUUCCAGGCGGCAUCCCCUCAGGCGGGCGCUACCAUUCUGACGGGUCUGGGGGAGGACUUCGGCAUGAAGUGUGACGACAUUGAUGACGUACUGAACGAGAUCGACCCGAACACAUGGCAGGCAGUGUCUCCACUACAGUUAGACAUGUUACCGGACCAGGGUGGGAUGCAGGUUCAGCAACAGCCGCUAGUGGGCGCUGGUCCACCACAGGCCUAUCCCGUCUCUGGCCAACAAGCACAAGGACAACAACUGGGCGUCGAGGACUUUCCCGGACUGAUUGGACACACGGAUGUAGACAUAACGGUGGAGUACAGGGGGCGCUGCGUGGUGGCUCCGCAGCGCGUCUCCAACCCGCGGGGCCUGCGGAUCUUCUCCGGGUCGGCCUACACGCAGAAGAUCGGGCGGCAGGUCAUCGUGCAGGCGCAGCUGGCGGACGGCAUGUACGGUCCCCAGGACGUUACCCAGUUCGUCCUGCCGGACGUUGACCGGGAGAGCACGGGGCAGAAGCAGUUCGACCUCACGAAACAGCUUCUGGAGCACACGGAGCGAGGAGUCGUCCUGGAGUUCCACCAGAACGACAUCUACGCCAGACGGCUGUGCAGGAGUAAGAUCUUCUGGGAAGACAGUAACCGCCCCACCGACCCGCCCCUGAAGCUGACCCGCGACCAGCCUACUAAAGUCUUCGACUACCAGACCGCCUUCAUCCCGGCGUUGCAGAACUACGUGACGACGGACGGAGCCGUGCGGCCGAGCCCGGAUCUGAGGCUAUGCGUGGGGCAGGUGUGGGACCGGGACCGGCACCCCUUCAAGGACAACCUCAUCACCGUGACAGUGACGCACCUGACGGCGGCGCGGCAGCUCGAGGUGGUCCGCCAGGUGAAGGGGCAGCACUCGCUGAGUCUGAACGGGGCCGGGGUCUCCUGUUCUAACGAGUACGACAAGAUGGUGAAGCUGGUGGCGGGACUCGUGCAGAGCAUGAACAUAGACGCUCAGCCAGACGCUCCGUCAGCCUUCCCGAACGGCAUGUAAACAUUGCAGGUUCUCCUGUGGUCACAUUCGUCGUAAUCUUCAGGCAGAUCUUUCGGUGGCUGCAAAGACAAUAUCAAAUUGGCCAGGCGCUAGGCAGUAUCCAU